GGUCAUUAUUUGAGUGAUAAUUUUAGUUGGUCUCCGAAACGUGCUGCCAUCUCACCACUUCACUUCAGUUACAAUCUUAAAGUUCUUACGAUUCUUACAAGACAAUUCUCAACUUUGAACAUCAUUCGUUAUUGGCCCUUGCGAAUAUUUAGCAAUGGUAUCUUCCCGUUGAUUGGCGCACCGAACUUCGCGAACUUUCUGUAUGCUCUCUGUGGAUGCCAAACUAACCUUCUAGAAGAAUUCGAGAGUCUCGUGGUGCCUUAAAUAAUUUGUUGGAAUCGCAUAUUUUCAGUACAUAUCAUGUCGUUUUCGUUCCGUGAUAAGCCGAGACUGAGUGAUAGACUACGCGGUAAAUCGGGUGACGAAAUAUUCGACGAAUUACAGAAAGCUUUGGACGAAAAUAAGAAAGAAAGGGAGAAGAGAAGAAACAUGUUUUUUGAAUCCACCCCCAAUUGGGAAACUUCUAGGGUGCCUCGAGCUGAUGCCUUUUUCUCUCAAGCCGGUCAUCCGUUCGACGAUGACUUCAAGUCCCGCAUCGACAACCUCGCCCAAAGACACCCGGAAUCGGCGGAUCUCUUGCGCAACAUCAUCGGCAACUCCUGGUCCAAAGCGGGCAGCGGAAGUCCCUCCAACUCGCAGAGCGACGUGAAGAAGGACGACGUUGACGGCAGCGCCAACGGUGCCAGCAACUACCAAGCGGAGCCGCAGAACUCUCGACCGGACCCGAGCAACAAGGAGAACAUCCAUGAGAUCAAACCGAACCUGUCGGAAGACAGCAUGAGAGAUACUGUCCUCCGGCCGAGCCAAGAAGAAGACGAAUCCGCGAGAAACCAACGCUCCUGGUCAGCCCCGCCCGAAGGCAAGAGCGCCGAGCCCCAACGCUUCGUCUCCAAGAUCGAGAUCAACCCCGUGAACCCAGACGAAUCGAACAUGAACAGCAAUACGACAGAGCAGCAGCAGGCGGCGCCGCCCCCGCCGCCUCCGCAACCCCAACCCGGGAAGCAACCCAACGUCCGGCACAUCCCCAUCUUCGUCGAGGGCCGCUCCGAGCCGGUCGUCUCCAAGGAACUCCCAACCGAAGAGGUCUUCACCCAAACUCGGGGCCCCACCCCGACGUUCAACGCCCGGCCCAACUACCAACAGUUCCCCUCACCAAAGAAGAAGAGCGAGAAGCAACACUUCGUCCACCAGGAACCGCCCGUGCAGUCCCCGCACAAACCCCAACCCCAGCAGCCGAACCACCACCAGCAGAACCACCAGCAACCCCAACAGAAUAGCGAGCACCAUAAAGCGGAACAGGCUCCGCCGCCCCCACCGCCCCCCGCGGCGCCGCCCAAGCCGAAGACGGCCAUGGAGAAGGUGGAGGAGGUCCAGAAGGAGGUGGACGAUCUGAGGAAGCAGGUGGACGAGUUCCAGGGGAAGUCGCGGCAGGAGAAGGCGUACCUCUACCUCGACGAGAUGCUAACUAGGGAACUUAUCAAAUUAGACAAUAUCGAAACGGAAGGCAAGGAGGAUGUCCGGAUGGCCAGGAAGAACGCCAUCAAAAGCAUCCAGAACGCCAUCAGCGUGCUAGAAUCCAAAGUACCUUUACCUCCAACGAGUCCUGUAGUAGAUAAUAGCGAAACGUCCGUCGUGCUGUACGGCCAGGACGCCAGCAGCGAGACGGCGCCGAACGCCGAGAAGAUGGAGGUGGAAUCCACCAACAACUCGCCCCAUGAGAUUAGCGCAGACGAAUCGACCGAGGUCAAAAAGAAAAAGAAUACCUAAGCGGUCGUCCAGGCUGUGCUGUGUUUCUCUGCUGUACUUUUUCUUUUCACUUCGAUUUUGUGUACUUCGUAAUGGAUCUCCCGAAACCUAGGAUGAACGCGCUGUUCAAUCCAGUUUACAUUUCGUUAGAUUAUUGGUUUUUUUUUUAUAUAUAAGUAUAUACUUCACUGUUAGAAGUCGUUUUGAUGCGUGAAUCUUUUUUUGCUUUGCACAAGACUUUUAGUCUAAAAUUAGAAUUUAUCCUUCUCGCAGGAUCGGAUGUAAGAUAGUUUUUCAAUUAAUUAAUCGUAGGAAAGAAGCAAAUGUUUUUGAUCAGUCUUCUUUCUCUUCCUUCCUAUUUAAAGUGUCAAAAAUUUAAGAGUUAAGUAGGUACAACCAUCCAAAAUAGGUAUCUCCUCUGUUGGGUCAUUAUUUUUCAACAAAAGCUGUGAAUCAGCUGCUGUAAUAAUAAGCAGGGAGGGAGGGAGGGAGGCACAUGAACGUAAAUUGCGACAAUAAUAGUCGAUGAUCAUAAAACUCAUUCAGUCUGUUCGCUAUUAUAUCAGAAAAGAAUUGUCCAUAUUGAAGCUGCAUUAUAAUAAUUUACUUCACCACAGACUUUUAACGUACUGUAACAUACAUUUACAGUCUGCCUUUGAAAUUAUUUAACAUUUUUGGGCAAGAUAGUAAGUAUUUGAUCCCAAAAAAAAAUGGGAAAGUUUUCUACUCUUUUGAAAGUAUUUUUCAAUUUUUAAAAUUUCUAUCGAAUACAUUUUUUAACUAAUAGAUAGCCUCUUCAUGUUUGUCUGCUCUGUCUCAAAUUUUGAUAGGAUUCCAAAGUUUCCUAACUUGGAAAGUAGAAAGACCUCGUAACAUGUUUUGAGGCAAGAUAUAUCCUCUUGAAUUUAUUCAUUUUAUUGUAUGAGCAUAUUAAUCACUGAUUAUGCCUAAUCCCUCUCCAGCCUAAAUUUAGUAUAUAUCUAUAAAUUAUGUCUCCAACAUUUUAAUUGCACUAAAUGUGUGCUACAUCAGUGAUGAAAUUUAAAGAUAGAAAUCUCCAUUUGCAGGGUUGCAAACCUCCUUUCGCUUUUAAUUCAUCAAUUUAUUUAUUUUUAUUUUUUACUUUUAUUGUAAGGAAAACUUUCCAUUUUAAUCACAGAAAAGUAUGGAUUCUGUUUUGAAUUUAAUAUUGGAGGCUCUGCAGCACUGCAGUCAAUUAAUUUCUGAUCAACCCGAAGUUGCGGGGUAAAACUAUUUUCCUUUUUUAAGUUAUGCAUUUUUAGAUCUAUGGAUCCAUCAUCAAAUACAACCCCCAUCAACUGUUAGCUAAAAUUGAAUCUCUAAGAAUUUAAAAAAGAAGAAAAAAAAAUUAGUUUCUGUGGUUUGAUAAAAAAUUCUCUUUCUUUGAUCUAAAAAUACAAUUUCUGGAAAUAUUCAUGGAAAAGUAAGGAUCGAUUCUCUUCUGAAAGGAGGAAGGAAGAAUGGAAAUGUGUGUGUUAACUUCAAAUUUUUUUCAUUCUUGAGUUACUUAGUGAUACUGUAUCAGACACAGCAAUAAUUGAUCUUGUGAACAUCAAUUUUAACCAUUAGUUUUUCCCUUUCUCUUCCUCAUAAUGAUUCUCUACAGCCGUUCUAUUUCCUCUAGGAUUCUAGGAGAUCCUGAGACUUUCAGCGUGUAUUUUAAUUUAAUUGUAAAUAUAUUUAUAUAAUGACUAUUUUGUUUAUUACCUAUGAUUGUUUACUAUUUCAAUUCUUAAGUUUUAUUCUAGUAAGAUUAAAUUGGUCCAAAAUAAGA